UUUCUAAAGGGGACCAUGAAAAGGAGUCUCUUAACUGAGACUUUGCAGAGGAAGAAGGCCAUACGCGUCCCCAAGGGCCGGCAGAGGGCCAAGGCAGCUUGUACCCUGCCUAUGAGGACGACCAGUUGUAUCUUCAAGAAACCCCUGACUAAAAUCACAUCCCACCACAGCAACCAGGUUAGAUACAAACGGGAGGAGAUGCAGGGGAAGCUGGAGAAGCCAAAACAACUGAGUGGGCUCAUGAGACUUCAGGGCCUGCACGUCUACGACAGUGAAGGACAGCUUUUACCUUCGUUUGAUCCUGUGAAUCCCUCAUUGAUCAUUUCUUGGGGAAGGCAGGUUGAUAAAUCUCGGGGCCAGGCUGGAGCUGACAAUCGGCCUGUUCACCUACAGCCCUCCUCUAACCAGCCUCCGUAUCAGAGAGUGACGGCCCCAGCUGGAGACCCUCAUUGGCCGCCUCUCUUCCAGCAACAAGUGACUGUUGCAGAUAUCCGGAGACAGACACGGAAGGUAAAGCAAGCCAGGAAGAAGUUGGCUGAAGCCUUAAAGGCUGACAGUUUGGCCAGGGAGGCAGAGAGGGCCAGAGAGGAGGAAGAACUAAGAUGAAUGGCCUGGCACUUUCAUCAAAAUGGAAAAGGUCCCUUUGAAGAUGCUUGAUGCAAAAGCUUGACUAUGU